CAAAAAAACCCUGCGCGUGAGAUGCGCAGCUGUGACCGAGAGCAGCAUUGGACACAUUCACACUUGCACUCCUCUUGGCUCUGUGUGCACGAGCACUGGCUGUGUCAGUUGAAGGGAAGUUUUUGUGUGAGAGUGUGUUUUUUUUCUUCUUCUUCGGUGUCGUUGCUCUUUCACGCACGCGUCUCACACUCUCUCUCUCUCUUUCUCUCGCUCCACAGAGCGGAGGCAUAUUGUCUGAGGCGCAGCGCGACAGUGCGGUGUCCGAUUACAAACCGUGCGCCGCGGAGCCCCCGGCACAGAGCGCUCCACUGUGGAGCAGAAAUAGCACACUGCGCUCUGGAGGCGACGAGACACACACACACACACACACACACACAGAGAGAGGGAGCGAGACAGCGCGCGCUGUGGAAUCACUGCAGAGAGACGGAGUUUUUCUCGAGGUCCGUUUCUGACCAGAGGACAAUCAGAAGUGCGGAUAUUUCAGCAGCUCAUCUUUAAUUCGUGAGUCCCCCUCACCACUCUGCUCUCCGGGUCAAGACGCGCAGCUUCAAUCCCUGCUAGAUGAACGGGAGUUGGUUUGUUUUUCCAAUGGUCUUGGCCCCUGAGGCCUGAGGAGAAGUGAGCCAAGCUCAGGCCCCAAUGGGACGCCCUUUGACCCAGCAUGCACUGCUCUUGUUGCAGUGCAUGCUGGUCCUGCGGCCUGCAUGCGUGGCCGGUAGGAGAGGGCCAGUGCUGCUGCCUGAAUCACCCUGUCAUAAGACGGAACACCCACUCGUCCCACACUCAGAGAUGGAGCCGUGGAUCUCCAGGUUCAAGGCAGAGGGCACCGUGGAUUACUCACAGCUGACCUUUGACCCCGGCCAGAACGAGCUGAUCGUCGGCGCCAGAAAUCACCUCUUCAGGCUCAAUCUGGAAGACCUGACACUCAUCCAGGAGGCGGAGUGGCGCUGUGAUGAGUUCACCAAGGGAGCCUGCUUCAGCCGUGGAAAAUCUGAGGAGGAAUGCCAGAACUACAUCAGGGUGCUGCUGGUGAAGGGGAACAGGCUGUUUACCUGUGGAACCAAUGCUUUCACCCCCAUCUGCACCAACCGAACGUUGACAAAUCUGACAGAGAUCCACGAUCAAAUCAGCGGCAUGGCUCGGUGUCCCUACAACCCCCUCCACAACUCCACCGCCCUCAUCACCUCCAGUGGGGAGCUUUAUGCCGCCACCGCCAUGGACUUCUCCGGGCGAGACCCCGCCAUUUACCGCAGCCUGGGCGGCCUCCCACCGCUGCGCACUGCACAGUACAACUCCAAGUGGCUCAAUGAACCGAACUUCGUGUCCUCCUAUGAUAUCGGCAACUUCACCUACUUCUUCUUCCGAGAGAAUGCAGUGGAGCACGACUGUGGCCGCACCGUGUUUUCCCGCGCCGGGCGUGUCUGUAAAAAUGACAUCGGCGGUCGCUUCCUCCUCGAGGACACGUGGACCACUUUCAUGAAGGCAAGGUUGAACUGUUCCCGACCUGGAGAAAUCCCCUUUAACUACAACGAGCUGCAGGGAACCUUUUACCUGCCGGAGCUGGAGCUGCUCUACGGCAUUUUCACCACCAACGUAAACAGCAUUGCUGCAUCUGCAGUGUGUGCCUUCAACCUCAGUGCCAUCUCACUGGUUUUCCACGGGCCCUUCAAGUACCAGGAGAACUCACGGUCCGCGUGGCUGCCCUACCCCAACCCGAACCCCGACUUUCAAUGCGGCACCAUCGACUCUGGCACCUACGUGAACCUGACGGAAAGAAACCUGCAGGACGCCCAGAAGUUUUUACUGAUGCAUGAGGUGAUCCAACCCGUGGUCCCUGUGCCCUAUUUCAUGGAGGACAAUGUGCGCUUCACCCAUGUGGCAGUGGACGUGGUGCAGGGGAAAGACUUGCUGUUUCACAUCAUAUACUUGGCGACUGAUUAUGGUACUAUCAGGAAAGUGCUCUCCCCUCUCAAUCAGUCCACGGGGAGCUGCUUGCUGGAGGAGAUCGAGCUGUUCCCGCUUAGGAAGAGGCAACCAAUCAGAAGCCUGCUGAUCCUGCACAGCCGCAGCGAGCUUUAUGUGGGCGUCAGAGACCAGGUCAUCAAGAUCCCGCUCAAAAGAUGCAGCUACCACAAGAGCAGAGAAGCCUGUGUGGGGGCCAGAGAUCCAUACUGUGGCUGGGAUCUGUUGCUGAAGAAAUGCACCACUCUGGAGGAAAGUGUCAGAAUGAGCCAGUGGGAGCAGAGUAUCACCAAAUGUCCAGUCCGUAAUGUGACAAUCGAUGGAGGCUUUGGGGCCUGGUCUGGCUGGUCCACCUGUAGUCAUAACGACGGCAGCAGUGCAGGGUCCUGUCUGUGCCGGACACGAGCCUGUGAUAACCCCGCCCCUCAGUGUGGUGGCCAGCGCUGCCACGGGAUCAGUGUGGAGGUUGCAAACUGCUCGAGAAAUGGAGCGUGGACCCCCUGGACUGUUUGGUCUCCCUGCAGCACAAGCUGUGGCAUCGGCUUCCAGGUCCGCCAGCGCUCCUGCAGCAACCCAACCCCUCGCCACGGGGGACGAGUGUGUGUGGGCCAGAACCGUGAAGAGAGGUACUGUAAUGAACACUUGCCCUGCCCACCUCACGUCUACUGGUCGGCCUGGUCGGCAUGGGAACGCUGCACUGUGCCUUGUGGCGGAGGCAUCCAGUCGCGACGCCGAACCUGUGAGAAUGGCAACGACUGUCCAGGGUGUGGUCAGGAAUACCAGUCGUGCAACACCCUGCCCUGUCCUGACCUGAAGAAGACCACACCUUGGACUCCAUGGACGCCCGUCAACAUUUCUGACAAUGGCGGUCACUACGAGCAGCGUUUCCGCUACACGUGCAAAGCUCGCAUCCCAGACCCCAGCCUCCUCGAAGUGGGCAGACAGAGGAUCGAGAUGCGCUACUGCUCCAGUGAUGGAUCCACCGGCUGCUCCACUGACGGCGAGGUGCUCCGUCUUGGGAGGAUCUCAGGACAUACAGUGAACGGUGGCUGGUCAUCCUGGAGUUCCUGGUCCCAGUGCAGCCGAGACUGCAGCCGUGGGAUCCGCAGCCGGAAGAGGACUUGCAGUAACCCGGAGCCAAAGUAUGGUGGUCAGACCUGCCUGGGGCCGGCACAGGAAUAUCAGGAGUGUAACAUCACCCCUUGUCCAGUGGAUGGCAGUUGGUCAUGCUGGUCUUCAUGGUCCAAGUGCUCUGUGACGUGCGGUGGGGGACACUACAUGAGGACGCGGACUUGCAGCAACCCUCCACCAGCUUACGGAGGGGACAUAUGCCUGGGCCUGCACACUGAGGAAGCACUGUGCAACACACAGCCUUGUCCAGAGAGCUGGUCCAGCUGGUCGGAGUGGUCCCACUGUGACUCCAACGGAGCCCAGCUGCGUGUGCGUCAUUGUGAUGUCCUGUUUCCCACUGGAAACCAGUGCUCAGGAAACAGCAGCGAAAGCAGGCCAUGCUCUCCCGACUCCAAUUUUAUACCAGAAGUCUCAAUUGCACACUCCAGUCAGGAAGAGAGACACUGUGGAGACUUCAACCUCUUCCACAUGAUCGCUGUGGGGCUCAGCAGCUCCAUCCUCGGCUGCCUGGUCACCCUGCUCGUGUACUCGUACUGUCAGCGUUACCAGCAGCAGUCGCACGACGCCACCGUCAUCCACCCCAUCUCGGCCGCACCGCUCAACACCAGCAUCACCAACCACAUCAACAAACUGGACAAAUACGACUCUGUGGAAGCCAUUAAGGCCCUCAACAAAAACAAUCUGAUUUUGGAGGAACGAAAUAAGUACUUCAACCCACAGCUUGCCGGGAAGACCUAUACCAACGCAUACUUCGCCGACCUCAACACCUACGAUGACUAUUAACUUUUGAUUCAGCAGUUCAUACUCCAUAUUGGGGACACCAACCCUAUCAUUCAUUUUGACUGUAUUCUUCUUUUCUUUGUGCUUUGUAUUGAGAUUCGUGACACCAUGCGUGGGAUAGUCCCACUCUUGAGACUCUAUGGCAGCUGGUAUGUAAUGAAAACACAGACACACGUUGUUGCCAACAGAGAGAAACCCACUUUCUCUCAGGUGCCUUGGGGUACACUUGGAAAGCUGAAAUCUGGGAGGCAAACCUCACCAACAGACAACUGCAUUUCCCAGUGUGGACAAAAAAAGGGAAAAGAAAUAACUUUUCAAAGAGCCAGUGGGAAAAUGUGAUCCCCUUGUAACUUUCCUGUGACGCCUCGACAACAGACCUGUAUUUGUAAUGAGGGAAAUAACCACAAAACCUGCUUUGCAUGAUUUCAUCUGAUGUGUUUUCUCUGCUGUUUCCUUUUUGUUUUUGCAUGACUGAGCGCAUUCCAGGGUUUUGGGGACUCAUUGCUGGUCUUUGGUUCAGGACUGGUUUUGGAAGUUGUGGAGACAAAGGCUGUGGUAGUGUCUGGUGGCUUUUACCAUUUAAUGCUGCAGAAAUUUCCAGAUAAAUCAAUGUCCACCCAGUCCUUGAAUUAGGAUGUAGAUAUUUGAAGUCUAUGGUCAAAUUUGUCUUUUUUUUUUGUUUGUUUUGGUUUGUUUUCUUUCAGGCUCUUGCAGGGUCUCGCAGCUAGCAGUGUAGAAUCUUUUUUUAUUUCUUUCAUUUUUUUAAUUUCUCCUUAUUUUCAAUUAGAGGUACAUGUGUGGUUUCUUUUGUACAGAAAUUUCAAUUCGAAAUGUAUGUCUGUAGUUUUUCUAAAUGCAUUUAUUCAGUGUCUCAAGUGUUUAAAGAAUUAAACGAUUUUGUUUGGAGAAAAAAAAGGUUAUGUCAAUAUGGGAAAGUAGUCAUUCAUAUCAGCCUGCAUCAGUCUUUGUCAACGUACUUUUUAUAUUUUUUGUAAAAAAAAUGUUUUUGAAUUUUGAUAGUGUCAGCUUUUCCUUUAGCGUCUGAGUUAAAUAUGUAUUUGUGAGAGCAGGAUGUUAACGACAUUUACUGUACAGGUGGAGCAUAUAAAUCAUUAUUUUCCUGAACCCAGACUGGAGUGCUACGCAUAUACUAAAAGAAUAAAUCCAUUCAUCAAGUUCAAUGAUUUCUGUUCAGAGUGUAUAACCAAAUAUUAGGUUAUUCAGUGGUUCAGUUCUAACUAACUCUUUUUACAUGUCUGCUUGUGUUACUGUGUAUAAAUUAAAAACUGCUUCGUACACAAA